CCUUGUCGUCGCCGUCACGUGACUUGUGUUUUGAUUCGAUGACGAAUCCACAUCGAGGACUCUCGAUCGAUCGAACGUUCCGAUCUCAUGCCACCCGUUCGCAUAAAGCUAGGGAAAAUGGAAAGGACAUCUUGUCAUCAGAUCAACGACACCCUAUACGUGGCACCAUCUCAAGUAUAAGUACUCAACAAAAGCACAAAUCAGAAUUAUCAUGUCGUUCGUCGUUGUCGUCACCGGAGCCAACCGAGGAAUCGGAACAGCCAUCUGCGAUGGGAUCCUCUCCGCCUCCACGCCCAAACCUGUCGUCCUCUACGCCUGUUCCCGAGCGGGAAAAGAUCUCGGCCUGAAGGGCAAGGUCGAAUACCCGAAGUUGGAUAUCACGGACAAGACCCAGAUUCAAGCUCUGGUUGACAAGAUUAAGCAGGACCAGGGCGGGGUGGAUGUGCUUAUCAACAAUGCGGGAGUCAAUCUCGAUGACGAUUAUUCGUUGGAGACUGCCAAGCAGACUCUGGAAACCAACUACAGGGGGACGCUCGAGAUGUGUCGAUCGUUCCUCCCCCUAUUGAAAGACCGACAAGGAUCCAGGAUCGUCAACCUCUCCUCGGUCGCCUCCCAGCUCAACCAUUACUCUCCUGAGAUCCAGGAAAGGUUCAGGAGCGUCAAGACAUUAGAGGAAGUUCAAGGACUGGCCGAUGAAUACUUGUCCGCCGUCGAAGCGAACAAGGUCAAGGAAUCCGGAUGGGGUCGACCUCAGCUGGCUUACUCGGUCUCCAAGGCGUUGAUGAACGGGUUCACCCAAGUGUUGGCCAAGGAGAACAGUGAGGUGUUGAUCAACGCUUGUUGCCCCGGGUGGGUUUCGAGCGAUAUGGGACAUCUUAUCGGCAAGCCUCCCAAGUCUCUUGAGGAAGGCGCCAGGGUACCGCUCAAUAUCGCUCUCAAGGAUAUCGGCGGUACGACCGGAAAGUAUUGGGCCAACUCUUCCGUCAGCGGGACUGGAGAGGGUCAGGUGCAAAAGUGGUAGACGUAUCCAUGCGGUGAAGUUAAACUGUAGCGAAUCGAUAAAAGAUGAACGAUGCGAAGGGUUGUAUACUGAGACACUUUUCAUGUCAAUUGAAUGAGCUUUACGAUCGAGAUUUGUCA